ACUGAACACACCUCAACACGCAUCGACGCACGCACGCCGUCACAGGAGUUGACGAGUUUUUGAGUGGACUUUACAAGAAAGCGGCAGGAGCGCGUCUCUCUUAAUUUGUUGGACUUUCAUUUCUCACUGGAGCAAUAGUUGUGACGUUGAGACAUUGUCGUCAAGACCUUUCGAUGCUCGUUCUCUGCUGACUCUUGACAUUUGUUGAGACUGUUUCAAUAAGAAGCCGGUAAGCUUACUUUCCCGACUUUAUGUCCACAAAAAUGGAACAACCUUUUUACCAUGAUGACUCUUUUCUGUCGGCUUACGGCCACUCAGACGCCGCCAUGCACGACUACAAGCUGCUAAAGCAGAAUAUGAAUUUGAACUUAACAGAGCCAUAUCGCAACCUGAAGUCGCACUUGAGGGUCGACACGGACCUCUACCAGGGUGGGCAGCAGGACGUUGGGACCCUGAAGCUAGCGUCACCGGAGCUCGAGAGGCUCAUCAUUCAGAACAGUAACGGUGUCAUUACCACUCCCACCCCGGGGCAGUACUUCUACAAUCGGAGCAUCACUGAUGAGCAGGAGGGCUUCGCCGAGGGCUUCGUAAAAGCCCUGGACGAGCUGCACAAAAUGAAUCAAAUGCCUCACUCGGCGUCCUCCAUCGGCGCCGGCGGAGUUACCACCUGCUCGCCAGCGGCCCCCAGCGUAUUCGGCUCGGGACUGCAAGCCGAACCUCCCAUCUACACGACGUUGAACGCCUACUGCCCGAACAGCGGCCUCUCUUCGUCCACCUCCAGCUACCCCACAGCCACCAUCAGCUACUUGCCACCUCAUCAGCAGAACCAUGCGCAAACAUCCGCGCACGGCGCUUUCCAGAACCCCCACCCGAGUUCUGGACUUCAUCCGCAGCGACUAGUCGCUCUCAAAGAGGAGCCGCAAACCGUCCCGGACCUCCUGAGUAGCGAUGGCUCGCCUCCCAUGUCUCCAAUCGACCUGGAGACCCAGGAGAGAAUCAAGGCGGAGCGCAAGAGGCUGAGGAACCGACUUGCGGCGACCAAGUGCCGACGGCGCAAACUGGAGCGCAUCGCCCGCCUGGAGGAGAAGGUGAAAGGGCUGAAAAGCGACAACGCGGGCCUAUCCAACACAGCCUCGGUGCUGCGGGACCAGGUGGCCCAGCUCAAACAGAAAGUCCUGACCCACGUGAGCAGCGGCUGUCAACUGAUGCUCACGAGCAAGAUGGAGGCGUUUUAAAUAGAGACUACUACAAAACAAGUGACUUUAAGGUGAUAACACUGGAGUCAGGUUGUGCAUACAGCGCCACAACAACAUAAGGCAGCUAAGGGGCCUUUUCAGUUGUGUCUAAAAUGUGCAAAAGACUUGUUGAAAUGGUACUUGUGGAUGCUGGACACCCCCGAAAGAACCAUUCAGCACUCUUCAGCAGUGCAGCAUUUGAAAUGGGCAACCUCUGAGAGAAUAAGAUGCCCUUAUCCUGGUUUCCCAAUGGUGAAAAUUGCUUACAUAGGCCUUUGUAUAUUUGCCAUUGAUGAUACUGCCGUCAAAUGCUGCAUAUAUUCUUUAUGUAAGUUAUUGUUGUUUGUCCCGGUUGAUCCAGGCAAACUAACUGUGUCCAAUGUUUACAAUGUCCUGUUUUUUUAAACGUGUGACGUGUAUUUAAGUAAAGAGUCUCAAAAAACAUUAUGGUCAAUGUGUUGUUGUUUUUCUAAGUUGAAAUAUAGCAGUGCUGUGAAAACAAACAAGAACUCUGGCAGCAAUUCUGAUGUUUGUGUGGAUUUGUUGCAUGGCUUUUGUAUUGAUUUUCAACAUUGCACACCAGGUGAGCCACCAAAUGUUGCACUGUUAUCCAUGACCUGAAUGGUUAAAGAGCAUACAUACAUAAAACAUAGUACGUUUUGCUUAGAGAAAAAAAGUUAUUUAAGGCAGUGCAUAUAGAAAAAAUAUCAUAUCACUCCCAAACAUGAAUAUCACAAAAAAACCUGAACACUGCAAGUCGUUUGUAUUUACUAAAAUGCCAUUAAAAUGGGCUUCUACUGUGCUGUUGUCAAUAUAAAAGUUUAAAAUAUCACCAAGUGCCUGCAUCUCUUAUAAGUAGGGGUGUAGCAAUACACAAUCUGGAUUGAUUUAUAGCAUGAAUUGGUCGAAAUGCAUAACAUCGAUAAAGAUUGUCAUCUUUUAGAUAUGCUGUUAUGUUAAAAAGAAUGGCGUUCUUUCAAAUAUCUUAAAUGUUUAAGUGACAAAUUUUUCAUAUGUCUUUGUAUUUUUUAUUGCUUUAGGUGAAACAUAACAGUUAAAUGUCUACACGUUGUUUUAAAACGAUGACAUGCCCUUGACUGUGAUAUCACACAUGAUAUCACUUUUCAUACUUCUGUUGUGAAUUGCCAUUAUUUUUCUCACAUGUAAAAGUCCAAUCUAUUUGAACCUGGAGGCCUGGCAGAGAUUGAAUGUUCAUUCACUCCCAGCCUUUCUAAUUUAAAUGGAUUGGACGUCUAUUGCCGUCAAUGGCAGCCAUGCAGUGAGAUCAGUAUCUGAAUAAUUGUAUUCAUUCAGAUCAUUAAUGAGUGACAAGCCAAAUUAAAAAUUGAAACUAUUAUAUUAAACGCCCUUUAAGUGUAUGGUACAACACGACAACUAUAAAGGCUACCAAAUGCCAAUGAUUCACUAUAAGGCAAUUUUGGUUUACUGCUGUGAUUGACACUGCUGUUAACCCCACUUGGGGUCAGUGCUAAUCUCCAGCAGAUGGGGGAAGUGACAGCAGCUAUAGGAAUGUCGGGGCUCUUGAACGUGUCUCACCACUUGGCAGGGCAUCAGGCAUGAGUGGGCGUCCGGAUCCUACAUGGAGCAUCUGCGUGGAUGCUUGGAGAAGCGCGAGCAGCCAAGUACG